AUGGCAAACCCAAACGUAAAUAAGAAAAUGACAAGAAAGACAGAGAGCAUAGCCAUGGCAGCCCACCACUCACAGCAAAUAGAAGGACAAGAAAACCAUAAAGAAGAAAAUCCUGAAAUGAAAGAAUACUUAGCAGGAAGUAAAAUAGCAUAUACCAACAUAUCGAAAUUGGCAAUAAACGCGGAUGUAAACAUAGGUAAAAAAGUAGCGGAAGAAGCGAAAAAGAUGGACAAUAUGAUAAAAGAAUUAGUAGCAAAAUAUUUACAAAAAACGGAUUAUAGCCAAAUAGAAGAGAUGAUAAAAAAUGGGUUAACAGAAAUACAGGAGGAGAACACAAGAACAAGAGCAAUGUGCACAGACAUGGUGCACAAUGCGAUGGAUCACGUACAAGAAUUGCAAAAGAAUAACGGACAAAUAGAAAGAAGCCAACAGGAAAUAAAAUUGGAAAUUGAGCAGUGUAAAGAGGAAAUAAAGAGAAAUCAAGAAGAGAAAAAUAAGGUAGAUAAAGAAGUCCAAGAAAAAAUCGAAAAAUUAACUAAAGAACAAAAGAAAACAAUAAAUAUGAUAAAGGAGAAGGAAAGUGGAAGUUCGGGAAUCAACGAAAUACAACAUAAGGAAUUAACAGAAAUCUGUAAGGAAAAUAAAAUAAUGAAUCAAGAACUAAAGGAAAAUAUAGAGAAGAUAAGAAAAGUAUCAGAAGAAAUAAGGCAAGAUAACAAAAUAGGAAAGGAAGUUAUAAAUAGUAUCAAGGAAACACAGGAAGAGAAAGUUAGAAUUGUGCAGCAGAAGGAAACAGAAGGAGAAAGAACGGAAACAUAUGCGGAAAAACUAAACAAUAAAGGACAAAGACGCCCUCACACAACUUACCACUCCAUCAUAGUCAACUCAGUAGACUAA